AUGACAGAUAAUAUUAAACUAUCAUUAGAUCAGAUCAUCAAGAAUAGAAAAAAGGAAAAGAGUAGUAAUAAAUCAGCAUCUACUAAAAUCAAGACACAACACAAGGUAAAAUCAACAACUACAACAACAACAAAAGUUAGUAAACCAUCAUCUUUAAAGAUAAAGAAAAAAGAGACCAAACCAUCUACACCAACCAAAUUAAGAAUUACAAUCAAGAAUGAUAAGAAAUCAUCAUCUCCUUCUUUAGUUGUUGGUGGUGGUGCAUCUAAAAAGUCUGGUGCUGGAGCCGGAGAACUAAAGUCAGGUGGUGAUUUAAAGACACUACGUAUGACAAUUGUAAAUGAUAAAUAUAAGCCUGGUAGCUCUGGUGCUGGUGCUGGUGGCAAGACAAUCAUCAAGAAACCAAUUGGCUUGCGUACCAAUAUCACAAGAUCAACUGAUGAAAAUGGAAGAGGAAAAAUUAAAAUAUAUAACAAGGCUCCAGGAGGAGGAGGAGGAGUAGACUAUCAAAGUAAUGGUAGUGGUGGUCAUGGUUAUGGUGGAGGUUACCAACAACAAAACAACAACAACAACGGUCUAUUUAAUAAUUAUUUCAAUAACAACAAUAAUAAUCAUAAUCAUAAUAAUGGUUCACCAAGUUUCUCUUCAAGCAAUGGUCAUCAUCAUGGUGGAGGAGGAUCAUCAUCACAUUUAUUAUCAAGCAGAAAUCCAAAUCACAACUGGUCAAAUAAUGGUUUUAAUAACAACAACAAUAGUGGUAGUUUUAGUAGUGGAGGAGGUUUUGGAAGCCCAAAGCCACAACAACUGUUUACAGGUGCCAGAGUUAAUGUAUCAAACUUAAACUAUGACGUAACACAAGAAGAUCUCAUCCAAAUUUUCCAAAGAGUUGGAGAGGUCAAGAGUCUCAACAUCAACUUUGAUCGAUCAGGUCGUUCCGAUGGUACUGCCACCAUUGUCUAUUCUCAUAGAAACAGUGCUGAUGAAGCUGUCAGAACCUAUCAAAACGCUCUUCUCGAUGGUAAACCAAUGAUUGUUCAUUUAAAUUAA